CCCGUGUGGCUUCAAUUCUCUCUGUACAGUUGCAUAUCUAGAUUUCCUGUUCUAUACACCACCCUUUUUUAAAUCAAAAUCACAAUGGGCAAGGACUCUUUCGCUCCCGGUGACGUUGCUAAGGGCGCCAAGCUCUUCCAGACUCGUUGCGCUCAGUGCCACACUGUCGAGGCUGGCGGUCCUCACAAGGUCGGCCCCAACCUGCACGGUCUUUUCGGCCGUAGCACCGGUGCCUGUGAGGGCUACGCCUACACCGACGCCAACAAGCAGGCCAAUGUCACCUGGGACGAGAACACUCUGUUCAGCUACCUCGAGAACCCCAAGAAGUUCAUCCCCGGUACCAAGAUGGCCUUCGGUGGUCUGAAGAAGAACAAGGACAGGAAUGACCUGAUCUCCUACCUCAAGGAAAACACCAAAUAAACACAUAACGCCUGAUCACGGAUAAUGUUUGUUCUCGACUUGGACCUCGGAUCAUCGCGACGCGUCGAUUUCUAUGCUUGAAAGACAUGGCAAGCUAUGCGCAGAGAACUCCGCUGGGAUAAGACUUGUAAUUUUAGCCACCACCAACUUUUCUUUCUUUUUUUUUCUACCUCCCCCCAUUCUGUUUUACGGUUCCGGACCCCUCCCAUAGACCUGGUCUCUUCUACGCGCUGGAAGAUGUUGAAUACGAUAGAUCUCAGGUUUCUUGUCAUUGCUCGUGUAUGUUAAAAAGAGUGC